AAUGUUCUAUGUUGUGAUUACUGAUUAUCAAGAUUAGUUAAUCUUUUUAAUCUUGCUUUGCAGGGGUUCCCGUCCGUGAGUGUAAUGGAUUUUAGGGGUUGUAAAUUUAUAACAGAACUGCCUGACUUAUCUGGAGUCCCAAAUUUGAAGGAAAUGUGUUUGGAUUUUUGCGAGAAUCUACAUGAAGUCCAUGUUUCUAUUGGAUUUCUUCAUAAACUUGAAAGGUUAAGUGUUACUUAUUGCUACAACCUCAAGACAUUUCCAAGCAUCUCAUUAACAUCCCUUGAAUUUUUCGACCUCUCAUGGUGCUCCAGUCUCCAGAGAUUUCCAGAAAUAUUAAAAACAAUGGAAAAUAUAAGAGAUGUUCGUUUGGAUCAUAGUGGCAUAGAAGAAUUGCCAUUGUCAUUCAAAAACCUGAUUGGGUUACAAUACUUGGACCUUUCAAAUUGCGAACACCUUCAAGAAUUUAGAGCAAUCCCACCAAACUUACAAGAAUUGGACGUAGUCGACAAACACCUGGGUUCAGAGUCUUGUAGUAUAUUAUUGAGUCAGGCACUGCGUGAGGUUGAUGGCCUGAAAUUUGUUAUGUUAGAGGACAAAAUGCCAGAAUGGGACCACUACACUGAAGGCCAUUCCAUUUGUUUUUGGUUCCGAAACAAAUUCCCAAACAUGGCUCUAUGUUUUGGGGGAGAAAGUGAUAUUGGACAUCAUGGAGAGCUUGUUCUAAAUGGUACAGUCUAUGUGAAUGGUGAAUUGCUGGAAUCUAUAAUCGAAGACAGGGUUUAUGGAAGAAUAACAUCUCAGCAUACCUUGAUGUUUGAUUUGCAAAACCUUAUUCAUGAAGAUAAACCAAGGGGAGUAGCUUUAGAGGAUGAAUGGAACAAGAUGCAGAUUUGCUGUACACUGCGUCACAGAAAAAAUCAAACAUGGGCAAAAGCUAAUGGAAUAUAUGUCUGCAAACAGAAAUCUAGAAUGGAGGAUAUUCGAUUCAUGAAUCCUAACGAGGAAAUCUCUCCCUAA